GUCUGUGGAACUGAUUGCCACAAGAUGUCACUGAGACCAAGCGUUUAGCAAGAUUAUAGUAAGGACUUCUUUAAAAAAAACAAACAAAAAGUUGGAAGGGACAUAAGCUCUCCUGCCCCAGGCCACAAACCAACCACUGACUGACGGGUUAGGACGAAACUUUCCCUAUAAGCAGGCUAUUCCAUAUCUAUUCUGCAAGGUUUGUUGCACCUUCCUCUGAAGCAAUCUGGUGUUGGAAACGGAAAUAGGAUCUGGCUAGCUGGACCGUUGGUCUGAUUCAGUGUCUGGUGUGGCAAUUAACCCCCCUCCAUUUCCUGCAUGUUAGUGGCUGUUAAUAUGUUACUCUAGGGUACAGAGAUAUCAGGGCUAUGGCGGACAGAACACUUUGGGAAAAACAUCCGUGCAGGGACCAUCUGUUUGUUUGGAUAGUACCUAGCACAAUGGGGUCCCGGCCGUGACUACAGCUCCUAGGUGCUGUGGCCAUAUGCUGCCGCCUCCUGCGUUCUCAGUAGUUUGGUCUCUGUUCUUACGCCUAGGCUGUACACCAUGGCCCAAGCAGAGAAGAAAGGUGGACUGCUCUGGAAAUCUUCAGCCUCCAAGAAACCAUUGAAAGAGAAAGUUGUGCUAAUGUACGAUGAGAUCUUCAUGACGGAGGACCCCAGUAAAUGCAGCCCUCGGUUCUGGGAGGAGCUUUUCCUCAUGAAGGUGAACCUGGAGUAUCUAGAAAGCAAGCUGGAGUCUCUGGAUGGAGAAGAGUUAAUGAAGAUAAAAGAUAACAUUAACUGUUUGUUCCAACACUGCAUCCAGGCCUUGGGAGAAGAGCACCCAAUCCGAGUAGUCAAUGCGUUACAGACGUUAUGUGCGUUGAUUCGCGGCGUCCAUCAGAAGAACAAAUCCACCUCUGGGUUUGACAUCAUCAACAUGCUCAUGGGCUUUGACAAAGCCGAGCUGUGCAUGAAGAAUCUGAUGGAGAGCUUGGACUCGCUGCUUUGUGCAGAAGGCUCCGAAAGUCUGAAGAGUUUGUGUCUGAAGCUGCUUCUCUGCUUGGUAACGGUGACAGACAACAUCAGCCAGAACACAAUCCUGGAAUAUGUGAUGAUUAACAGUAUAUUUGAAGCUAUUUUACAGAUUCUGUCCAACCCACCUUGUCGCAGGGAGCAUGGUUAUGAUGCUGUUGUCCUUCUUGCUUUGCUAGUUAACUACAGAAAGUAUGAGUCGGUGAAUCCCUACAUUGUGAAACUCUCUAUUGUAGAUGACGAGGCCACACUCAACGGAAUGGGACUGGUCAUCGCCCAGGCCUUAUCCGAGUACAACAGGCAGUACAAAGAUAAGGAAGAGGAGCACCAGAGUGGCUUUUUCUCAGCCUUAACCAAUAUGGUGGGCAGCAUGUUCAUAGCCGAUGCCGAUGAGAAAAUCUCCGUCCAAACGAAUGAGGCAAUUCUUCUGGCCCUCUACGAAGCCGUUCACUUAAACCGGAACUUCAUCACCGUGUUGGCACAGAGCCAUCCAGAAAUGGGGUUGGUGACAGUGCCGAUAAGCCCAAUUCCAACAACGCCAGUCACUCCGCUCGGGACCACUCCGCCUUCUUCAGACGUUAUAAGCUCUGCAGAGCUGCCUUUGGAUGCCGAUGUGCAGACCAGCAACCUGCUGAUAACCUUCUUAAAGUACAGCUCCAUUGUCAUGCAGGACACAAAAGACGAACACCGGCUCCACAGCGGCAAGCUCUGUCUGAUUAUCCUGACGUGCAUAGCAGAGGAUCAAUACGCUAAUGCUUUUCUGCAUGAUGACAACGUGAAUUUUCGAGUAAACCUGCACAGAAUGCCCAUGAGACACAGGAAGAAAGCCGCAGACAAGAACCUGCCCUGCCGCCCCCUGGUGUGUGCAGUCCUAGAUCUGAUGGUGGAGUUCAUCGUAACACACAUGAUGAAAGAGUUUCCUAUGGAUCUGUAUGUGCGGUGCAUUCAGAUCGUGCACAAGCUGCUGUGCUACCAGAAGAAAUGCAGAGUGAGGCUUCAUUAUACCUGGCGGGAGCUCUGGUCAGCUCUGAUCAACUUGCUGAAGUUCCUCAUGUCCAAUGAGACUGUGCUAUUGGCAAAACACAACAUCUUCACCGUGGCGCUCUUGGUAGUGAACUUGUUCAACAUGUUCAUCACCUACGGAGACACCUUCCUCCCAACGCCCAGCAGCUACGAUGAGCUGUACUACGAGAUCAUCCGUAUGCACCAGAAUUUUGAUAACCUCUACUCCAUGGUGCUCCGGCUUUCGACCAAUGCCGGUCAGUGGAAGGAGCCCGCCAGCAAGGUGACGCAUGCGUUAGUCAAUAUCAGAGCCAUCAUCAACCACUUCAACCCAAAGAUCGAGUCUUACGCUGCAGUGAAUCACAUCUCCCAGCUCUCGGAGGAGCAGGUCUUGGAGGUUGUCCGCUCUAACUACGACACGCUAACCCUGAAGCUGCAGGACGGGCUGGAUCAGUACGAGCGCUACUCGGAACAGCACAAGGAGGCUGCCUUCUUCAAAGAACUGGUUCGGUCCAUCAGCAUCAACGUGCGGCGGAACCUUGCCUUCAACACGCUGAGCCAGGAGGUCCUGCUGAAAGAGUUCUCCACCAUCUCUUGAGCCAGAGCCGCUCAGCUGCCGCGCGGGGCUGGCAGGAGAACGGCCCGUCUCGGUGCAAACACCCCAGAGCUGCGGCCGCCUGCCCCUCGCCCGCGGAAGGGACUGCACUUCCUGGGGGCAGCUUCCCAUGCGGGCAUUCCUGCAGGACUCUGUGCUCACGGAGAGACACUCCCAUCCAGACACGCGGGGGGCAGGUUUAGCUGAAGCAGGGACACUGAUGCGCCGGAAGAGCAAUAGCGUCAUGGUGCCAGGGAGGACGUUAGAUGCCAUGGGUGUAGGUAGCUGCUUGGGCUGCAGUUCCGGCUGAGGACUAGCUGAGAUUCCCUUGGGGGGGUGGGGCCGGGGGGGACACAUUAACAAGGCAGAGAGCAGAGCUGGGUUUUUUUCCUCCCCUGAGCAGGGUCACUCCAGAUGUGCUGGGAGAGAUCACUCAACUUUCUCUGCAGGAAAAAUAAAUUUCCCGCCACCCCCGCAGGAAGGGGCAGGCUGGCUAA